AUGAAAUACUAUAUUCAAUUUUUACUUCCCGUUGCUGUUGUUUCCGCAUCAGAUCUUCCAUUUUUGGAUUUAAGUAAAAUAUCCAAGAGAGCAGAUUCCAGUUGUACAGAUUGUACUGAUGCUGGUAAUACUUUGGUUGACGAGUGUAAUAUCACAUCUUUAGAUCAACUUUCAACUGAUCCAUCCGCGCUCACCUGUAUGUGCCAACUUGGUAGUAGCUUUUGGGAUGAUCUUAGUAAGUGUGCCAAAUCCUCCUGUAGUGGCGUUGACGUUUCCACUUCUGAAACCAGUCCAAGUGGAUUAAAAAACGACUUUUGUCAAAAUGAUAGCGUGAACGAAGGGUCAUUAUUAGGACCGGGAUCAAUCUUUUGGUUAGCCGCGGUAGCAUUGCUCUGA